UUGACUUCACCGGUGACACCAUGCUGCUGCGUAUUCUGAUAUUAUGACGCAGUUUUGCUUAAAAAUGGAGAUUUAUUUUCUGCCUUAAGUUUUAAAAGGUUAUUGCAGGCACUUUCGCCAUUAAUACUGCCAGUUCAGCCAUGGAGAGUAAAAUUCACCGACAUUCAGAGACCCCAAAGAAUCAGGGAAAGUCGAUUUCGACGGGUAAAGCAGGCUCGACCUUGUUUAAUCUUCAUUCGGAAGAAAUUCAUUUGCCCUGAUGACUCCUAUUCUGCCAGAAGAAUAGAGGGUCGGGUAAAAUUUCACCAAGGAAAGCAUGAAGCAGCCUUCACCCUCAACGCAGAUUCGGAGAGAGUCUUCACCUUCAUUCCAUAGGACUCUGAGACAACCUCCACCUUUAUUCGAUAAUAGGAUCCUGAGAGGUUCUUCACCUUCAUUCCAUGAUAAGAUUCUGAUAGAUUCUUCACCUUCAUUCCAUGCUAAUAAUCUGAGAAAUUCUUCACCUUCAUUCCAUGAUAAGAUUCUGAGAGGUUCUUCACCUUCAUUCCAUGAUAAGGUUCUGAGAGAAUCUGCACCUUCAUUCCACGGGAUUUUGAGAGAGUCUCCACCUUCAUUCAAUGAUAAGAUUCUGAGAGGUUCUUCACCUUCAUUCCAUGAUAAGAUUCUGACAGAUGCUUCACCUACAUUCCAUGAUAAUAACUUGAGAAAUUCUUCACUUUCAUUCCAUGAUAAGAUUCUGAGAGAGUCUUCACCUUCAUUCCAUAGGAUUUUGAGAGAACCUUCACCUUCAUUCGAUGAUAAGAUUCUGAGAGGUUCUUCACCUUCAUUCCAUGAUAAGGUUCUGACAGAUUCUUCACCUUCAUUCCAUGAUAAGAUUCUGGGAGAUUCUUCACCUUCAUUCCAUGAUGAGAUUCUACGAGAUUCUUCACCUUCAUUCCAUGAUAAGAUUCUGAGAGACUCUUCCCUUUCAUUCCAUGAUAAGUGAGUGACCUGAUAGAUGCCAGCACCCCUGUUUAAUGUACCAAGAAAAACUCCAAUAUCUUGGCAUCUGCCUUAAGAGCAAGUGCUGAUAGCUGCUGAACUUAAUUCCAAUAUUCUGAUAAUGCUUUCAAUAAAAUGAAAAACAAAGCAAUUGUAAAACCAUUAAUUACAGCUUUUUUAAUGUCAAGACCAAGUUCAGUCAUCAAGCUGAAUGUAUUUUCUCAGCACAGCAAUUAGAGCUAUUUGCCUUAGUUAUAUGAUCUGCAUGUAAUAUUGAACCAAUGCUGCAACUACUAUUGAAUAAAACUAAACUGAACAUCUGAAUGAUUAAAUACGUUUUUUUGGAAAAGUUGAAAAUAAAAUAUAUUUGAUUCUUAUGUCUCAGGA